AGGAUGGGGUUGGGCGAUACAUGGGAUGCGGAGGAGCAGGAGGAGCAUACGGAUCGAGCUCGUCUCAUUUCACAGAGGCAGGGCCCUCCAACGCACUCGAUCGUGUUGGCAGUCAUGCUGUUCCUGGUGGGAACAGGACUGUUGAUCGUCUGCAUUCUUAUCACGACAGGAGCGAUUGAUGCAGAUUAUUUCUUCCCCGGUCAAGGAUGGAAGCAGCCAGCUUUCACUUUCCUCGCCCUUGGUCUCGUUAGUUUCGUUCCAGGGUUCUACAUCGCCCGCAUCGCUUUCUACGCAUGGCGAGGAGAACCGGGGUUUUCUUUCUCGCAGAUCCCAUCAGUUCGGAUGUGAUGUAGGAGCGAAGAGGACGAGUAAAGGGGAGACGGAGGUAGGGAGGAGAUGAUGAUGAUGUUGAUGAUGAUGAUGAUGUGUGACGAUGAUAAGAGAAGGAGAUGAAGGUGCCUGUACUUUGUUUGUCAUCGUAUGUAAACUAGAAACCAUCAUGCUUG